CUUUGUUCGGUCUAUUUCUUGUUUUCUAUAACGAUCAUCGUGUUUCUUCUCUCUUGCGCCAUUAUCUCCUCCCUAGCUCUCUCGUUUUCUAUCACAUGCAUGUACGCACGCACACAGUUCGCCCUGUCUCGUUGCUCCGCUGAUACAAAGACCGACAGGACGGUCAGUAUCGUACCAGUUAGCAUUCAUUUUGGACGUGUGAUCUAAGAAACGGCAGCGGCAUAUUCAUUCCACAGUGAGAUCCUGAAGAGACGCGUCCCUUGAAAGUGAACUCGGAUUCUGAUAAUACUGAAGAACUAUUAGAGAAUUUCGAGGGACUGCGAGGGAAUUUCUUCGGUUCUCUCGGAGUUUGCGAUUUACUUGUGAAGAAUUGAAUACGCUUUCUCCGUCGUAGUUUGAUAGACGGCUUGGAGAUGGGGAUGAUAGCGCGAGUAAGGCGUCGAGUCCGCGCGAACUCGUUGACAGUUGACAAGGAAAAGACAGCGCAAAGUGUCUGUCUUCUAAGCGCGGUCCUUCUUCUGCCCUACUGUCCGCGCGGUCCAUUGCCGCUUUUACCAUCGCCUGCGCCAGUCUUGUAUUCAGCUCUCGUAUUGCCAGUGGUCCUAAGCGCGAAUUAUAGGUACCCGGUCCCAACCCUGAAGACUCUCGCCGAAGCGGUCAAAGGCGGAGCGAAGAAAGCCUGGCAACCCCUGAACUGUUUCUUGAAACGGUUGUACGGGCCGGUGGAUCGCGCGGAGAAUCUCUUCCUGAAAAUGCGAAAUUUCUCCGUGAUGGCGAAUCAGAUAGUGUUCCUGAUGCUGGCCGAUAAGGUGCUGCUGCCGCAACAGAGACUGACUUGCCUAUACACGCUCAUGUUCUACAACGUGAUAGCCUACUGCGUGAGCUACAUCAAGGAGCUAAUUCAGAAGGAGGACUGGUCGCCGUACGUCACCCUGACCGAGCGGUCAAAGAUAAAACAUCUCGCCAUGUCGGCCACCAAGAUCGUGCUCGAGUGGACCAAAGCAGUUACAUUCGUUGUCACGUUGACCUUCAUGCUCCUCGUGUUCGGAUUGGAACAAGGCCUCGACCAUUACAAACCCUCGUUGAUCUAUUCGGUGAUUACAUGGAUCUAUUACUCGGCAACGGAGAAGGUCUUCGUGGAGAUGUUCCCGACGAUUUUGGGCUUCUUGCAGUUAGAAGCGCUGGAGAAUAUCGAGAAUCUAUAUGCGCCGGUGAUACUUCGCUGUUUCACAAUUGUCAUGUCGGCAAUCUUCAGCAUUCUGCUGUUGCCAUCAGCCUCCUGGAGGUUCCUGAUGGUCGCCACAUAUCUCAAUGUAUAUCUAAGGUGGAAGGAACUAAUGCAGAAUUCAGGCGCGGUGCUGCGGCGAGAACGCGAGCUGUUGAAUAGAUACCGGAAGGCGACCAUCGAAGAGCUCGAGAGAUUCGACGAUGUGUGCGCAGUGUGUCUGUGCGGGAUGAUGAAGGCCAGAGUGACGCCCUGCCAUCAUCUCUUUCACGCGGACUGUUUGCGACAAUGCCUCAAGACGAGCGACAAAUGUCCCAUGUGCAAACGCGAGCUCAAAUUCGACUAAACGACAAGAAGGAAUAUUCUUUUGAUCGUCUCCAGAGAUUUAUAAGGCUUUCGAAACAUACCGUCGAAGAUGAUGAAGAAAGAACGUCUCGAACAUUUAGGAUGACGCUUUUAUGUUUAAAAGAUUUAGAGACGCCCUUUAUACGUUUGGGUAUAAAAGAUUUACGACGUCGUUGGUGCCCAAAGGAUUUACGACAUUCUUUACGAUAUCUAAAAGAAUCGGGAGAAAUUCUUUUAGACACAACUUAUAUUGCCCGGGGAAGGAAUCAGUGAAAGGAAGAAGCUUGCGAUAUUAUAGAGCAUGGAUAAUAUUCGCAACGCUUGGAAUGCAUGUUCCUUUAGAGAUUACUGUGAUAUAGAUCAGCAGCACUGGAUAGCUUAGAAUUAUACACCGGACAUACAUUUUAUUAUCAUGUCGAUCAAUUCGUGGCUGAGCUGACACUCGUAAUUCGUAACUUUAAUGUAACUGGCGAAUGGAAAUACGCUUACUUUGUAUUACUAUUUUUCGUUAAUGUAGUAGCGUUGAUGUAGUAUCGAUCGAGAAUAAAUUGCGAACUACGUCGUUUAUAUGCAUAUCUGUAAAAUACUCUUUUUGUGUUGCAAAGUAUACUAUACUCUAUCUCCACUUUUCUCCUUUUAUGAAUUUAAACAGCUUUGUUACAAUAUCUCAUGGAAAAUUAUUUUGCAAGAUUGUUGAUAGAAUUAGUGGAAUUUAAAAUGUUGCAAAGUUUUGUACUCGCUAUAAUUUGGUUUUUAAAACAAGUGAUAAAAUAAACUUGUAAAUCAUAUGACGUAUGCAAUUAAGAUUAAAUAAUAUUAUAUUUCUCUGUAAAAUAAGUUUCUAUAAUUUACAUUUAUCUCAUAUUUGAGAUAAAAUAUAGUCUAAUAAAAAUCCAUCCUUUCAAAAUUUAUAGCAGAUGGAAUAAAUCCUUAUUCUAUUAAAAUUCUCAAUAUAUUAAAAUAUGCGUUUUUUGAAAUAAUUUGUUACAUAUUUGAGCAAUAGAUCUUUUAGGGUGAAAAAAAAAGAAAGAAUAUUUUUCCUUUCUUCUUAUAUUAGAUCUACCUUAUAUUUGCUAUUGCUUCCUAUAUUCUAUUAAGCUUAUAUAACAUUUAUAAAUGUGUAAAUCCAUAUUUCAAUGGAUGAUCUGAAAAUAUAUGCUUUAUUUACAUAC